AUGCCUGCACAACUACGAAGGUUGUUUGCAUAUCUUCUAUGUUACUGUAGCACAGAAAAUGCACUGGAAUUAUGGCGCACAUUCAAAAGGCAUUUUAUAGAAGAUUACGUGCGCAGAGGCGAGUCUGAGGAAAUCGCAGAAGUAAAAGCGCUAAGACGAGUUGACAACAUUCUGCGGUAUCUGGGAACCAGCUUAAGCGUCUACGGCAUUCCCAUACCCGAAACAAACGAACCGACCAACGAUGAUGAUUCUGACAACGACGGCGGAAUUGUCGAUCGUAUGAAUGUUGAACAAAGGUUAUGCUACGAGCAACUUACGGGCGGUGAUAUAAAACAACUGCUACCAAUCGUCGGCGGAGGAAGAGUAGAACAAUUGCAAUCGCUCUUAUACCAUUGUAACGCAUGGCAUAGUUUCAAGCACAUGAAACUCAGCGUGAACAUGCGUGCUGAUGCCGCCGAACUGGAAUUUGCAAAUUGGCUUGAAAACGUUGGUCGGCAUAGCCCCGAGAUUCGAGUAACCCAUCCACGAUCGAUGAGAAACUAUUUAGUUCAAAUACCGAAUGAAUGCGUGGUUAGACACGUGAUGGGAGCCAUAUACGGUUAUAUCGAUUUCAAAUUCCCAACCCUUCCACAAUUAUUUGCAGACCGCUCAAUAAUUUGCCUAAGGAUCGACGUCUGCACUGAGAUAAAUAAUAAGAUGCUGAGACGGUUGCCAAGCGAUACCGUGGCCGUUUGCAGUGUCGAUAAUGUCGACUCUGACAAUCCGGAAGACGCAGAAAAUUUCCCGAUGGAAUUUCUAAAUCGUAUCAAAUACGGCGGCUUACCUAUUCACGAGUUAAUGUUGAAGGUAGGCGCACCCGUCAUUUUGCUGCACAAUAUUGAUGCGAGAUCAGUCUUCGCAUCGAAGUUUCACAUUUGA